AUGCUUCUCUACAUCGACAUUGUCACCCAGGAUGAGAUGCUCUCGGACGCGUACGACCUGAAGGAGGUCGAUGACAUUGCGUACGAGGUGGAUUGCACCAUGAUUGUCGUCAAGGAGGGAGAUGUCGAUAUCGGAGGAAACCCCUCAGCUGAGGAGAUGGAGGAGGCCCUCGAGAACGGUGCGACCCAGGUCAACAACGUUGUCCACUCUAUGCGUUUGCAAUCUACUCAGUUUGACAAGAAGUCAUACCUCACCUACUUGAAGGGCUACAUGAAGGCCGUCAAGACCCACCUCCAGGAGAACAACCCCGACCGAGUCGCCGCGUUCGAGAAGGGAGCGCAGACCUUUGCCAAGAAGGUCGUCGCAAACUUCAAGGACUACGAGUUCUACGUCGGAGAGAGCAUGAACCCCGAUGGGAUGGUCGCGCUGCUGAACUACCGUGAGGACGGCACAACCCCAUACUUCACCUUCUGGAAGGACGGGCUCAAGGAGAUGAAGAUCUAG